AUGGCGGACCUUGAACGUCAAACUACACAAGUCCGCACAGUCACCAUCGUUGCACAGCUCAAGUCCCUCGUCGCAGAAGUCAGGUCCGAGGCCUGUAAGCUCAGCCGCCUCAAACCUGCAGACUACACAUUGCCAGCGGAAAUACAACAAGAUGUAGAGAAUAUCUACACGCUUCUUGAUACGAGACUCAAAGAACUCGAAUCAGCUGUGGAACACGUCGUUACUGCCAACGAACUCUUGAACUUGAACUCUGCGAGGAAUCCUGGCUCGACGAUUGACGAGUCAGAGGCGACCCAUGAGGUGUUGAACGAUUCGACUCAGCAAGCGUCUGAUCAAGAUCAGACUACCACUUCCGACAACGAGGAACAGCCAAGUACAAGCCAGCCGGACGUUACUUCUGAGCCUCAUCCUAACACAGCAACCGCAUCCGCAACUCCACCCGCAACCCCAUCCACAACCCAGUCAGAGGAAACAUCACCAGAACCUAGACCGAAAAGCUAUGCGAAAAAAAUAACCUCAAACGCCGCCAAAGCAGCAGUGCACAAGCGACGAGUCAACACUCGCACCAGCGCCAGACUGAACAAGAUGGCUCAGCCAGAACCGAACCUCGGCCGCUACGAGAAAUACAUCGACGACCGCGAUGACAUACCAACCUUGGAGCUACAGCAGCUGGGAGAGAAUCUCGCCGCCACGAUAGAUGCCCUCGCCUCUGACGCUAAUCAGAUCCAAAAGGCCCAGGUGUCAGGUUUGGCAGAAGCAAUGAAACACCGUCCGACAGAUACAUGGAACCUCGAACCGAGCGAUGGCGGAGACGUUAACAGAAACAUGAUCACAGUUGAUUCCGACGAUAUCAUCAGGAUUGGAAUAUCCAACAAAGAGCAAUUCUUCCAUUGGCCUGGUUUCGGGGGCUUGAACUACCGCAUGACAACAAGAGAAGCAGGUCGUAAAUUAGCAUGCUUCGUCAACGACCCCGACCGUUCUGUUUCUCACUACGCUGGAGUCGUGAAAUCCCCCCUCUGGGAUCUCUGUCCUCUUCAUGCAGGCAGACUCGCUGAGAUCGAGGAGCUCAGAAGGGCUAAUGAGCCGUACACGCACUGCGGGGAGCAAUAUUCGGGGACUGCGAUGCACCAAGAGGAUGCCAAUUUUGGAUCAGUGAAUGUGGGAUUCGCUGGGACGAGGGCGUUUCUGCUCGUCGAUACAAGAGAUACAAAGAUGUUUGAGGAUUGGGUCCGAGAUACGAUUCCUGAUGUUCCUCCGAAAGGGAAGUGCUGUGAUCAGUGGGUGCGCCAUUUGGGCAUCUUCUUCAGACCGGAGCAACUCGAUGGAGCAGGCAUACGGUUCACAAUCCUUCUUCAACGAGUGGGAGAUCUCAUAUUCACGAAACGGAAUCAGUAUCACCAAGUCAUCAACCUUCAAAACUCAUUGUCGCUCUCUAGCAACUACAUCAGUGGAUCAGAAACACCCACCUUCUUCGAUCAAGCGAAUCCUCUCCGCUGCUGUCAGACAAAAUGCAGUCUUGCUUUUCUCUACUUCAUAGCAGGUUUCAACGUCGAAAUUGUGAAUAACAAAGGGAAGAAACGAAAAGCACUUCACGACGACGACGAGGACAACUCCAAGAGUGUCAAAGUCAUACGGUCUGGCGAUGAACCUAAAAAUGAACCACUGAGCGCGGGAGUUAUCAGAGAUUUCUUACGAACUGCCGCUCCAGACUUGAAUAUGCCACUCACUCUGGAUCCCAGCGAAGUUCACCUCUAUAGGAUGAUAGCCUGGGUGCUGAGUGACCAAGCCAAGCAGCAGAUCGUCUCACUCAUGCUCGGCUUUCGGACCGCGCCAACUAUUAUCUCCAAGAAGGCCGAACUGACUGACGAGAACCACGUGAAUGCAUAUCUCAGGUAUUUCGAACAAGUUGAGAAACAGACCAUCCUCACCGAGUUCCAAGUUGAAUAUGCGCGAUCAUGUCUUGCUAAACGCACCCUCGAGAUCCUCCAGGAAGAAGGUCGAGAUCGAGUUACUUCAACAAAUGUCGAUCAAGUCGCUCAGAAACUCGGAAUGGAUACCAAUACAUACCUCAAGAUGAAAGACCAUUACCAUACCGGAAGGGCAUGGAACAAAGUCUGCGACGAAUUUGACGGACUAAUGCCAUUUAUCUUCACCUGCGCAAGAUGGCCGUACAAAUGGGGCAUCAACUGGAAGAGCGAUUAG